GUAAAAGAAGCACUUUCAAUUCAGUAAAUUCUUCCAUAAACAUCAUCCUUUCUUCCAUGGAACUAAAAGGCUUGAGUCCUGUGACAAAUUGUGAGCAAUCUUCUUGGGCACCCUCUUUCAUGUGACCUUCUAUAAUCACACACUCCUUAGUCCCCUACUCUUGCCUGUGAUUUGCUUCAAUUCCGUAUUCCUUCAAGCGCCCCUUUAAAUAUAGAACACCUUCUCAAUUUUCCUUUCACACCAUCUCCAUCUCAAUAUUUAUCUUGCUCUUACAAUAGCUAGCUCACUCAAGAGAGAGUGAAAGAGAAAGCCAUGAAGAUUAAGGGUUUUGCUUGUGUUGCUGUUCUUCUCAUUGUUCUCCUUUUAGUCCCAGAAGAAGUUAGUUCCGUGAGACACAUUGGCCGGCCACGGUCACGCCAUAGCCAUGGCCAUUCCACAAAGCCCAAAACAAAAGAUGGCAUGGAGGCAAAAUCCGGUUUCUAUUGGGAAAGAAGGCCAACGAUGCGAAUGGGAGCCGAUACGCUCCAAAUUGCAGGGUCAAGGUUGCCUGAUUGCUCUCAUGCUUGUGGAGCAUGCUCACCAUGUCGAUUAGUCAUGGUGAGCUUCGUUUGUUCAUCACUUGAAGAGGCUGAGACAUGUCCUAUGGCUUACAAGUGUAUGUGUAAUAACAAGUCUUAUCCUGUUCCGUGAAUCCCAUAUCUUAUCUUAUAUAUAUAUUCCAUCCCAAUUAUG